ACCACCGCCUCGUCCCAAACACGGCGGGAGAGCCAAGUGUAAACAGCGCGAUGGACGUCCUCAAGCUCUUCGACUGGGAACAGAGUCGCGAGGCCAUCAAACAACUCGAAAAGCUGUUGGAAUGUAACAUCUGUGGUACAGUUGCUGCAAAUCCCCAGAGUUUAGGAAGAUGUGACCACUUUUUCUGUAGUUCGUGCGUGGGAAAGGUUGACAAUUGAAUUUGUCCAGUCUGCAAGAUUCCAUCCCCACCCUGUGAAAUGAAGCCUGAUCGCAUAAUAGCUGGCUUGGUCUCGUCUGCAAGGGAUUUGAAAUUCCUACUUGAUGGAGGAGAACUUAAUGGAAUAACUCCAGGUCUGGAGGCCCCCCCUACCCCCCCCACUAAAGCAACAGGGAGUGUCAAAACUGUGACUAGUCUCAGUGAAGUUAGUGAGGUAAAAUCCAAAAUUGGUAAUGGAACAGAUAAAAAGAAGACCAGUGAGCUAAAAAGUGAGAGUAACAAAGUUACAGAAAAUCAGCCAAAAGUCAGAAAAAAGCCAACUGAAGUGAAACCUGUAAAAAAAACAAAAACAUCUGCCAACCAGAAUACUUCAAAGAGUGGAUCAAGCAGCAAGAAUUCACCGCUGUCCCCUUCAGCUCAGAAAUCAGAAGGCAAAGGAGAAAAAGAGAUUAAGUCAAUCCCAAUCACUCCAGAUAGCAAGAAAAUCAUGAAGAUUGCUGAUUUAAGUGCCCUUGGCAUGAGCCCAAACACACCAGCUAUUAACAAAAGGAACAGCAAGGGAGAAACUCCCCUUCAUGUAGCAUGCAUUAAGGGUGAUGCUGUAAAGGUUCAGAGUUUACUGUCUGAAGGAGCCAACCCAAACACGAAAGACAAUGCUGGGUGGACUCCGUUACAUGAAGCCUGUAGUCAUGGAUUCUUGGCCAUUGCUAAGGUUUUGCUGCAGCACGGAGCAAUUGUUGAUGUUCCAGGAGGAAACAAUGAAAUUCCGCUUCAUGACGCUGUGACGCAGGGCAUGGUUGAGGUGAUUAAGCUUCUGCGCUCAUGGGGUGCAAGUGAUACAGCUAGAAAUCUACAUGGGCAGACCCCAAGGUCCUUAGCUAAUUUAUGUAAUGGAGCAGAGGAACUUCUGUGUGCUCUGGACACCCCUGUGGAUGAAUCUCUGAAGAGACCCCUUUUGCAGUUGCCUUUGCAAGAGAAGGUUAUUCUGUUGGGGUCAGGAUUGUCAUCUGUCCAGGCAAAGAACUUUGAACGUUUUUCAAAGCUACUAAGAGCAAGGAUUGUCCCAGAUUUUAGCUUUGAUGUAACCCAUGUUAUUGCUGAAUGUGUCCAGGAUCAAGCAGUGUGUCAGCGUACCCUCAAAUACAUGAUGGCAGUGGCAUCUGGCAAAUGGAUUCUCUCACACAGAUGGAUGGAAGAUUGCAUUACACAAGAGUUAGUAUUAAAUCCAGAAAAGUAUGAAGUGUCUGGAUCAAACCACAAUGCUAGCAGCAAUGCUCCUAUGCAAGCAAGAACUAACGCGGCGAAAAUGCGACCUGGAUUGUUCAAUGGUUGCCACAUGUUUCUUUGGGGGAACUUCAGAGAACCGAAUCCAAGUAAGAAGGAAGUGGAGGGCCUGAUAAAAGCUGGUGGAGGGGUAAUACUUGCCAGAGAACCAAAUCCAGAAUCAAUCCCCGAAAAAGAACAAACAGUGCCUUAUCACAGUACUCCAGAUGGCCCCCUAGCUACCUGUUCUCAUUAUAUUAUCUACCAGGAAGGCAGCGUGGAACCCCAGCUGAAGUAUGAUAUGACACACAUCAAGUCCCUCCCUCUGUCAUGGCUCAUUGACUGUGUUGACCACUUCCUGCUGGUGCCACCUUAUAAGUAAUUUAUCUCCUUCACUUCUUCUCCUCCCCCUCCCCCUCCACUCCCCUCCCCCUCCCUCCCUUCCCCCCUCCCCCUCCUCUAUCAUGUUCAUUAGUGCCAAAAAAUGUUUGGCCAUCAGUGAUUAUUUCCUUGUAACCUUUCUGGACACGAUAUCAAAUAUGAAAUCAGAUCCUUGUAAAAUCAUUUUAUCAUCUGUUAAUUCAUGAUUUUGAUAUGGUUCCAGAUAUAGUAGAUACAGAUAAGUGUAGCUAAACAUUGUAGAAAGAUUUUUAUCAUUUAUCUUAAAAGAGGAAUAGCAACUUUGAAUUAAGAAAAAUGCAUUUUAUUUCUUAUUCAAACUACUUUUACACUGGCUUGUGUAUUGUUUUUUUCUACUUUAUCUUCCACUAUUGUAUAUAAAAAUAUAUUUUUAAAAUGUAUAAACUCAGAUAUAUGCAUAAAAUGUAUAAAUAUCUUUUUUGUUGUUUAGAGAUUAUUAAACUCUUUCUAUACCAAAAUAUAUCUAAGGUAGAUGUACGGUGAGCGAAAUCAUGUGAGCUUAAUAUUUUCCUCAUUCAAGACAUUUUUAGACUAUUUACUACCUUGGCAAAUAGUCUUGGUCACUAGAAUGUGGCUAUAUGGAAACUACUUGAUAAACUAUAUGUAAAUUAAUAUUAAACUUGCCUCUUAGUAUUAUUAUUGCACUUAAGAUCCAUCAGUAUUUAAUAGGAAAUGAAGUUUGCUGGAAAUUUGUACAAUAUUUUUAAGUAUUAAAUUACAUUAUGAA